ACAAAAUCUACGUAAAUGCUCUGGGCUGCUUUUAGCUCAUCGCCUACCGGUCCCAUCCCCUACGUUACAGGCAUGACCCGCACUGAGGAUAGCCCGCGGCGCGUGCUGCUUGUCAGCACACCACGCACUGCUAGCAAUCUGUUGCUGCAGAUGCUGAACAUCUACGAGCAACCAAAUGCUCUGACUAGCGAAAGAGGCGGGUACUUCUUCUACCCAUACUUUUUACACACCACCACUACUGGACUAUGUGACAAGCCAGUCGAGCAAUGGAGUGAGGAGGAAAAGGCUCAGACAAGGAGCGCUUUGCAAUCCAGUAUUCAGAAUCUAGAAACCUACUCGGAACAGGCAGAGCAUGAAAGCAAGAUCAUGUUCGCCAAAGAACACUCCUUCUGGUUCGCCCAUCCAGCGUCGCUCCAGAAACUGAAAGGUGGGAUUGAUGACACUGAGUUCACGCGAGACUUUCGAUCCGCAAUUCAUAUCCCUGAGAGGUAUGGCCCUACCCGGACUUAUUCCUCUUCCAAUGAGACCAUUCUUUCAGACGAGUACCUGCGGACCUGGCAGAUGGCUUUUAUUAUCCGCCAUCCGGCACUCGCGUGGCCAUCGCUGUACCGCGCUGUAUUGAAGCUCGCGGACGAGCUGGGAUUGACAGAGGAGCAAUUCAGAAGCGCAACAUCAGUAAGAAAUAUGACCUUCCACUGGGCCCGCAGCCUUUUCGACUGGACCAUAAAGCAACCGUGUACGCCAAGCCCGAUUGUAGUGGAUGCAAACGAUCUGAUCCACAGCCCGGAGAUAGUGCUCAAACUCUGCGAACGGCUGGGGAUGGACAAGGAUACAGUCAAAUUUGAGUGGAGUAAGAAAGAUGAUCAGAAGCCAGCGCGCGCUAGCGAUGUCCCAAAGGCCGAGCAGCCCCGGCACGAACGACUUGCCCCUAUUAUGCUGUCCACACUCAACGAUUCGGCCGGUGUUAUCAAGGACAAGGCCCCAGGGUGUAUUGAAAUCUCUGCCGAGGUUGCGAAAUGGAGUGUGGAGUUUGGUGAGGAGGCCGCUCGGUCUCUUGAGAAGGCUGUUGUGAACUCUAUGCCGGACUAUGAGUAUCUCAAAUCUCAUCGCAUAACUGUCUAAUUAGCAGUGUGGUAGUCUAUAACCUAUGGCAGCUAGAGAAAUAUACAUGUAUCAGCCAGGCUUGACUUUCCACCCCGAG